GGGGCGAAACCACGCUUCUCGCACGCAGCCCCCAGCCUGGAGCUCUUCUCCGUUCCUGCCUGUUUUGUUUUGUUCCUGCCUCCGUGGUACCCGCAGCAGCGAGCGCGGCCUGGAAAAGGGUUUCUGUGUACUUGCUUGUUUUUACUAGAGCUCCCACCUGCUCGGCCUGGCACCAAGCGGUCGGGCGGUGGUUGGGGUGCUGGGGGUGGGCAUCAGCUUUACAGCAGCGUCUGUCUGAGUGGUGCUGGGAACUGCAUGGCCCCUCUGUGGGAUUUAAAUCUACCCGCGAUUUCUUCCUGUGCAGGGGGGCUCAAGUCCGGGACAGGCCUCUGGUGGGAUUUUUGAACCUGGGGGGAAUAUUUUUAUGCAGAUUCCUAUGCAGCGUUCAAAACACGCUGCAAGCAAUUUUAUUUUAUAUGCAGGUGCCCUCUGCGCUGGGGUCCUGUGUCACCCAGUCUUUCUCACUCCUUCUUCUUCCCCUUUCAGGCAGCAACUGAGCCAGAUGCCGACAGACGGGCGUACGCAGGCUGCCCCUUUCAGAGACCUUUUCCGCUGCCUCUGGCAGAUCCCCAGCGGCAGAGCACGGCUCUGCUUGUCCUUGACUUGUCCCCUUCCCUCUGUACUGCAGAAGUGGCCGACGCUGCAGGCUCUGGCGCAGGCGUCCCUGGAGGAGGUGAACGAGCUGUGGGCAGGACUUGGCUACUACUCCCGAGGGAAGCGUCUGCAGGAGGCAGCAAAGAAGGUGGUGUCUGAGCUGGCCGGCCGGAUGCCCAGGACGGCUGAGGACCUGCAGAAGCUGUUGCCGGGAGUGGGACGAUACACGGCGGGAGCCAUCGCAUCUAUCUCGUAUGGACAGGCGACCGGUGUCGUGGAUGGGAACGUGAUCCGGGUCCUGUGCCGCCUGCGGUGCAUCGGCGCUGACUCCAGCAGCCCAGCCGUCAUUGACCAGCUCUGGGACAUGGCCAAUGCCCUGGUAGACAGGAGCCGCCCGGGGGAUUUUAACCAAGCCCUGAUGGAGCUGGGAGCGACCGUGUGUGUGCCCAAGGCCCCGCUGUGCAGGGAGUGCCCCGUGAAGCAGCACUGCCGAGCGUGGCGCAGGGUGGAGAAGGAGCUGGCCUUUGCCUCCCAGAAGCUGUUUGGAAAACCCACCGCAGUGCCUGAUGUUGAGGACUGUGGUGUUGGGGGCUGUCCCCUGUGCCCCCCAGCCAUGGAGCCGUGGGACAGCAGCCUGGGGGUGACCAACUUCCCCCGGAAAGCAGCGAAGAAGCAGCCGCGAGUGGCGCGAACGGCCACAUGUGUGCUGGAGCGGAGGGGCUGCCACGGGGCCCCGGAGUACCUCAUCGUACAGAGACCCAGCUCGGGUCUCCUGGCCGGGCUCUGGGAGUUCCCCAGCCUCCCGCUGGAUCAGGAUCUGCAGGAGGAGAAGCAGAGGGAGGCACUGGCAGAUCACCUCCGGGCCUGGACAGGGUGGCCAGUGGUGGCAGGAGGCCUGCGGUUCGUCGGAGAGGUCGUCCACAUCUUCUCCCACAUCCACCAGACAUAUGUGGUCUAUUCCCUGCCCCUGGAUGGGGAUGUGACCCUGGACCCUGCCUUGACCCCAUCCCGCUGGGUGACGGAGGAGGAGUUCCACGCCUCAGCCGUGUCCACAGCCAUGAAGAAGGUGUUGAAAGCCCGUGAGAAGCAGCGUGGGGAGGAGAGCAGCCCUGGCAAGGGCUCCAAGCGGAAGAGGGCGACAAAGCCACAGGGAGCAAACAGCACCCGCCCUGGGACGCAGCUCUCUCUCCGCGCCUUUCUCCGGCCACCCACCUCCCCGUGAUGGCACCUUUGACAUCUGAGACCACCGGAGACCUGCACUGCAAGUCCGCUGCCUUCCCCAGCUCACCCGUGGGAGUUGUGUCUCGAUGGGCUAGUGUGGUCCUGGAUGUGACCCAGAGCCAGGGUUGCCCUCCCCGCUCGGCUGGAGCCCUCCUGGGGUUAUCUGGACUGGUACAGCUCAGUUCUGUCACUGUGGACUCGCAGCAGCAGAGGUUUCUCUGCAGCAGCAGGAAGGCUGGGGCUGCAUCGCUCCCUGGUCCAUGCUUGCCCCUCGGCCACCAGCCAGUGACUGUGAACGCUGCUGUACCCUUCCUGGCCUCUGACAGCCCUUUUUAUACACUUGUUUUUACUGAACCUGAGCCACAGGC